CCCCAAAAUUUCGAAUUCUCCCUCUCCGUCUCCCCCACCGCACCCCCGCUCCUCCCCACCUCGCCGUACAAAAUUUGAAAUCCCCUCUCCUCCGAGCCACCGCCCCCCUUCGCCGCCGCGUCCGCCAUGUCGUCGCGGCAGGACAAGGAGAAGGCGGUGAACGUGCAGGUCCUCCUCCGAUGCAGGCCCUUCAGCGACGACGAGCUCAGGAACAACGCGCCGCAGGUCGUCACCUGCAACGACUACCAGCGGGAGGUCGCCGUCACGCAGACCAUCGCCGGCAAGCAGUUCGACCGGGUCUUCACCUUCGACAAGGUUUUUGGGCCGACAGCAAAGCAGCAGGACUUGUAUGACCAGGCGAUUAUUCCUAUUGUUAAUGAGGUCUUGGAGGGAUUCAACUGUACCAUAUUUGCCUAUGGCCAGACAGGCACAGGAAAGACAUAUACCAUGGAAGGCGAGUGCAGGAGAGCAAAGAGCGGGCCAAAGGGCCAGUUACCUGCAGAUGCUGGAGUCAUACCUAGGGCAGUGAAGCAGAUCUUUGAUACCCUGGAGAGGCAGAAUACUGAGUACAGUGUUAAAGUCACGUUCCUGGAGCUGUACAAUGAAGAAAUCACAGAUCUUCUUGCACCUGAGGAGAUAUCUAAGGUUGCUCUAGAAGAUAGACAGAAGAAAACCUUACCUCUUAUGGAGGACGGCAAGGGCGGAGUGCUUGUUAGAGGUCUUGAGGAAGAAAUUGUUACAAAUGCAAGUGAAAUAUUUUCUCUGUUGGAAAGAGGGUCUGCAAAGAGGCGCACUGCAGAGACUCUUUUGAAUAAACAAUCUAGUCGGUCACACUCCCUUUUCUCUAUCACUAUUCACAUAAAAGAGGCAACCCCUGAAGGAGAAGAACUGAUAAAAUGCGGGAAGUUAAAUCUUGUUGACUUGGCUGGUUCCGAGAACAUCUCUCGUUCUGGAGCUAGGGAGGGCCGUGCAAGGGAGGCUGGUGAAAUUAAUAAAAGCUUGCUGACUUUGGGGCGUGUGAUUACGGCGUUGGUAGAGCACCUAGGACAUGUUCCUUACAGGGACAGUAAACUCACAAGAUUGCUUCGCGAUUCACUCGGAGGAAGAACAAAGACUUGCAUUAUUGCAACUGUUUCACCUUCCGUGCAUUGCCUUGAAGAAACUUUGAGUACAUUGGACUAUGCACACCGAGCAAAGAGCAUCAAGAACAGGCCUGAGGUCAAUCAGAAAAUGAUGAAAUCAACAUUAAUUAAAGAUCUUUAUGGUGAAAUUGACCGACUUAAAGCAGAGGUAUAUGCUGCUCGAGAAAAAGUUGGAGUGUACAUCCCCAAAGAUAGAUAUCAGCAGGAGGAAAAUGAACGAAAGGCAAUGGCUGAUCAGAUCGAACAAAUGAAUGCUUCUUUGGAAGCAAACCAGAAGCUAAUUAGCGAUUUGCAACAGAAGUACGAUUCUGAGCUUCAGCAUUCUGCUGAUUUGAGCAAAAAGCUUGAAGUGACAGAGAAAUGUCUGGACCACACAAGCAACCUACUCUCUACGACAAAAGAAGAUCUGAAACAGGCACAAUAUAACCUUAAGGAGAAGGACUUCAUAAUUUCAGAGCAGAAGAAAGCAGAAAAUGCUUUAACACAUCAAGCUUGUGUUCUGCGAUCAGACCUGGAAAAAUCUAGUCGCGAUAAUGCUUCACUCUAUUCAAAAAUCGCUAGGGGAGACAAGCUAAGUGCCACAAAUAGGUCAGUUGUGAAUACAUUCCAAACUGACCUUGCUUCGAAGUUGGGUGUUCUAUCCAGUACACUUAAUGCAUCCAUAGACCAACAAAAUAAGCACCUAAAGUCCGUGGAACAUUUGUGUCAGUCUUGUGUUGAUUCCCAUGACAAGGCCACUUCUGAGCUGAAAAAGAAAAUUUUGGCUUCAAAAUCAUUAUACAUGUCUCAUAUGGAAGCCUUCCAAAAUGUUGUACUGCUACAUAAAGCAAGUGCAAAUGCCACACUUGAAGAUAUAUCAUCACUGUCUGCUGCAAGCUGCUGCAGUCUUGACCAGCUACUAGCUUGUGUGGAGGGAGAGGCACAGAAUAUAUUUAGUGACAUCCAUAACUUGUUGACUACCCACCGAAGCGAGCUUACACACUUCACUCGAGAAUUAAGGGAGAGUUUCCUAAUUAGCUUGGACAGAACAAAAGAGAUGUCUACCUUUAUUAUUGGGCUAUUUGACAAAUAUGUUGAGGAAACGUCAAAGUUGCAUAGCCACUCAAACAACACACAUGAAGCACAAAUGAAAAGCAUUGAAGAUUUUCAGAUUGCUUAUGAGGAACAAUCAAAAUCAGAGGAACAGAAGCUUCUGGCGGACAUAAGCAGUUUAGUGUCUAAACACAUUACUAGACAAAGAGAGCUGGUCGGUGUUAGGUUGAAUUCUCUUGGUGAUGCUGCUCGUGGAAACAAGGCAUUUUUGGAUGAACACACAUCAGCUAUGGAGUGUGUCACUAAAGACGCCAAAAGGAAGUGGGAGAUAUUUGCAGAGCAGGCGGAGAAUGACUGCAAAACUGGGUCCAGCUCUUCUGCAGCUAAGCAUUGUCGAAUGGAAACCAUGCUACAGGAAUGUGCAUGCACUGUUGACUCUGCUGUUCAGCAAUGGAAGAAGUCACAUGCAGCUGUUAACGAUCUCAGCAAAAAACACGUCACUGAAGUUGAUGCACUUGUCAGAUCGGCAGUUGAGAACAAUGAGCAACAUGAAGUUGAGAUUGCAUGGUCUCGAGCUGUGGCUGAAGAACAUGCAGCCAAGAGCAGCAAGGACAUAACCCAGGACAUUGACGAUCUACUGGAAGAGUCGCGCAAAUCAAGCUCAAGAGUAGUGUCAACGGUAGAGGUUCACUUUGCAGAGCUGCAACAGCUGCAAGAGAACCACUCAAGCCAGGCUGCCGGCAUCAACAAGCAUGCUGACAAGGCUUUCCAAAGCAGCUACAAGGACUACGAGCCGACUGGUGAAACUCCGGUGAGGUCCGAGCCGAACGUACCAAGCAAAGGCACAAUCGAGUCGAUGCGGGCGAUGCCCAUGGAGACCCUGGCGAACGAGUUCCGCGAGAACCACCCGUACGAAUCGAGCAAGGAGCCCAAGCCGUCGCUCAUCCCUCGCUCGCCCCUCGCGACACUCAACUGAGACGACGGAAGCCACCACCAUCACAUCCCUGUGUGCAGUGUAAUUUAAUUUGUGGGCACCAAUUUGCCGGUUUUGAAGUCCUUGCUGUGUGCUAGGUUAACUGUGGGGCGUGAGCUGCCUUAGCUUUCCCCAGGUGCAUUUCCCUUUUCCUCGUUUCAUCAUCUGUAGCAUUGUGUUCAUGUGUUGUGUGAUACUGCUGAUGUGGAUAAUCAGAAAUUUACCCAAAUGUUUUUGAA